GCGGAGAGAGAAGAAACAGAGAUGAUGCCCCCCUGUCCGUGCACUGCCACUGCCUAUUCUCAUUCACUUCUCCAUUCUCCAUCAAAUUAUUUAAAACCGAAGUCGCCGCUAUUAGUCAGUUACAGAAACACACUGCGGGAUGGCGGGGCGCAAGUAUUUACCCUCCUCCCUCAUGCGCCUCGACGAACCUCGCCUCGCCACUCGCCUCCCUCACUCUUCCUCCUCCGCCUCCGUCCGAGCCCUCCCGGUGGCCGCCCUCGAAGACCUUAUCGACGCCCGCCACCGCGAGAUCCAGUCCCUCCUCGUCGACAACCAGCGCCUCGCCGCCACCCACGUCGCUCUCAAGCAGGACCUCUCCGCCACUCAGGACGAGCUCCGUCGCCUCUCCCUCGCCGCCGCCGAUGUCAAGGCUGAGCGCGACGCCCAGGUGCGUGAGAUCUACGAGAAGUCGCUCAAGGUGGACGCCGAGGUGCGCGCCAUUGCCGCCAUGAGCUCCGACCUCGAUCGGGUGCGAGUGGACGUACAGGAACUCGCUGUAGAGCGGAAGGAGCUCGCGUCGGAGCUGCAGUCCGUCGAGAGCGACCUCGCCAGAGCGCGCGCUGAGUCGCAGUUUGUGCCUGCCAUCAAAGCUGAUAUAGACGCCAUGCGCCUCGAGAUUCAACGAGGAAGGAAUGCUAUUGACUUUGAGAAUAAGAUACAUGUCAGUAACCUUGAGCACAGACGGGCAAUGGACAACAACAUGAUUAUUAUGGCCCGUGAAGUUGAGAAGUUACGUGCUAAGCUAGCUAAUGUAGAAAAGAGGGCAAGGGCUGCGAUGACUGCAGCUGCAAACACAAAUCCUGGGUAUCCUGCAAACUUUGACAAUCCUGAGGUGGGAUAUGGAGGAAUUGCAUACCCUCCAGAUUCUUAUAGCUUGCAUCAGGUUGUCGACAUACUUAAUGACCGACUUUCUUCUUUCUUUCUUUUCCCCAUUUUUUAGUCAUUUUAUUUUCUAGGAAAGAAAAUUUUGCUUAUGUAACUAACCUGAGAUCUCGACCGAUGACUGCUAAAUGUAUGCUUGCAAGUGAAUGUCUUGUUUAAUUGUUUUCGUAGUGGAUAGAUAGUCUUCCCAAUAUUUUACCAUCAUGUGCCUAGUGUAUAGAACAAUGCCAGGAGGAUAAAUAAUUCAAAUCUGCUGAACUUUUCAGAUGCAAACCGGGGUUGACCCUCGUCCUCAAUAUGCAUCUGGAGCAACAUUACAUCGUCCUUAUGACCUGCAACAUACACAAAUGCCUAGAUAGGCUUCCAGCGAUGCUUUAUUUUUUGAAGGAAGAGAAAGGAAAAUUAUGUAAUGUUGCAAAUGUCCCCUUCAAUAACAGCGCAUAUUAUUUGCUGAUAUCUGAAAUUGGUUAUAAAUCUAACUCUUAAGCUCGUAUAUACGUAUGUAUCAAUGUGCUAUUUA